AAGAGUCACUGAUAUCAAAACCCAUUUUGGGACUGCAUAAUCUUUUUGUGGGGUUUAAUUUUUUCAUUAUUAUUAUUUUUUUCGAGACCCUUUGGGAAUGUCUAUUAUUUGAUCUUAGCUUUAGUUUUUUGAAAACUUGUGUGAUCCCUGAGAAAACCAAGUAGCUCUUUUUUCUUUUUCUUUUUGUUUUCUUCUUUUUUGUCACAAUGACAAUGAACUCUUCAACAAAGUUGGAUUCAGCUGUGUUUCAGCUCACACCAACUAGAACCAGGUUUGACUUGGUUAUAAUCACGAAUGGAAAGAAGGAGAAAGUUGCGUCGGGUUUGCUCAAUCCAUUUCUAUCCCACUUGAAGGUUGCUCAGGAUCAAAUUAGCAAGGGUGGUUAUUCCAUUGUUCUUGUGCCCGACUGCGGCAGUGAUGCCGCCUGGUUUACCAAGGGAACUGUUGAAAGGUUCGUUCGCUUUGUGAACACUCCUGAGAUAUUGGAACGUGUGUAUAAUUUAGAGUCUGAAGUCUUACAAAUUGAAGAGGCAAUAGCAAUUCAAGGAAAUAAUUGUAUAGGGAUUAGCACGUUGGAAGAAGAACAAAUGAAAAAAGUGGAAAGUGCUGAAGGCAAUGACAUUAAUGCAGAGAAAUCAAUUAUAAUUUAUGAGUCCGUUACAGAGGGAACUGAAGCAAAUGGAAGGACAAAAGCAGAGUCAAAAGGUCAGAUUUUGAAAGUCCUGGUGACACGUAAGUCAAUGCUGCAGAAAGAGCAAGGAAUGGCAUUUGCACGUGCUUUUGCUGCUGGUUUUGACAUUGACUGCCUGCCAGCUUUAAUGUCAUUUGCUGAAUGCUUUGAAGCGUCACGCUUGAUGGAUGCAUGUAGAAGAUUUAAGGGUUUAUGGAAAAGAAAACAUGAAAGUGGUCAAUGGCUUGAAAUUGAAGCUGGUGAAGUUACACCUAAUCGUACAGACUUCUUUGCUACAAAUGCAUCAAGCAUUAUACUUUCCAAUACUGCCACUAAAUCCCAUACUGAAUUGGAGUCAGGAAGUAAUGGGAAAACAAAUUCUGUUAAUUUUUCAGCUGAUCAACGAGCAACAGAAGGUCUCCAAGAUAAUGUUCAUGUCCAGUUUCCACAUAAUGGUUUUCCCCCUUGGCCCGUUCAUUCUCUCCCAGGUUCCUUACAAGCUUUUCAGCCGUAUCCAGUGCAAGGCAUCCCCUACUAUCAGACCUAUCCAGCAAACAACUCAUUUAUGCAGCCAGAGGCUAAGAGAUUAAAUGCUGAUCAAAAUAUGGGACACAGAAAGCAUUCUAUGGAUAAUGGAAACUAUAAUAAUGAAUCAGAUGCUUUGAAUGCAGAAUUUUCAAUGUUUCAGGAUGAAAUGAAUAUGGAAAGGGAAAGUUCUCGGACUGGAGAUCAACGAAAGAAAGCUAGCCGAUCGAGUAGACAGAAGUCUGGUAUGGUGAUCAUCCGGAACAUCAAUUACGUAACAAACGCAGAACGGGCUUCAGCUUCUGCUUCUGAAGCUGAUGAAGAGACUGAGGAAUCUGCAAAGGCUACAAAAGGAAGAGGAAUUAGUAAUGAGGAAUCUUUGAAGAAAUUGAGUUCGUAUGAUAGGGAAGAUGCUGCAGACUGUGGUGAUAAGGAAGCAGGAGGACAUUGGCAAGCAUUCCAAAAUUUGUUAUUGAGAGAUGUGGAUGAAGAUAGACAUGCCGUUGACCAAGGCAUGUUUGAAAAGGUAGAUCAUAUCAGGAGAAAGAAACAGAUUGGUGUCAACGAUCCCUUAGAUUUUGGUGACAGGGAUAUGUGUGAAAUUCAAGGAGGUAAUGGUGUAGAUAUGCACACCAUUAGCAGGGGAUCAAUGCGCAUGGCUACGUCAACUGAUGGUGAUUUGUUGUUAUCCAGAAGGGCAAGUCAAACUGGUAGUGGCAGGUCUGUGGUUGAUGUAAAUUCUCAAGAAACUUCUGGAAGGAAGAAUGGUUAUAGGAGGGCUGCGAAUGAGGAUUUCAUUGUUAAUAAACAAGAAAGUGUGUCUGGUAAUGCAAAGUCUUUUUCAGAUAUGAUAUCUGUCAACGGACACAGUUUUUCAAACAAUAAGUUGGAAAGGAGGUUGUUCCAUGAUGAUAGUGAUGACUCCUAUAUAGUGAACUCUAGGUCGGUUGGAGUUAGUGGUGAGAGAAAUGCUAUGGACAUGGACUCGGAGUUCCCAAAGGUGCAUAAGAAGAAAAAAAACCUUUCCUGUGAGCCAGAUGAAUUGAGCUUGAUGCCUGAACGGGGAACAGAAAAGGGUUUGAUGGGUUAUGGCCCUCUAUUAGAAUAUGAAAUGCGGGCCCAACCAAAAGGGCGUGCUUCACAAGAUAAGAACAAAGUGGCACUGGCUCAAACCAAACCAGGAUCUAAGAUGUUGAAUAAGGAGAAGAAAUCAAGUGUUGGCCCAAUUAGGAGAGGAAAAACGAAUAAACCGAGUCCAUUGGAUGAUGCACGAGCACGAGCUGAAAGACUUAGAAGCUACAAAGCUGAUCUCCAGAAAACGAAGAAAGAGAGGGAAGAGGAAGACAGAAAACGCAUAGAAGCUUUAAAGAUGGAGAGGCAAAAGAGAAUUGCUGCUAGGAGUAGCACCGUCACUGCUAAAUCACCAGUGCCAUCAAAAGUAACAACCACAAAGCUUCCGACAAAGCUUUCACCAAGCUCAAAAUUUAGUGAUUCUGAGCCAAGAUCAUCCUCUCCCUUUCAAAGAUUCAGAAUUGCUUCCAUUGGAUGCAAUAUUUCCCCCGAGGUCUCAAAAACCAGCAAAUUAAAUGGUGGAAGUUACUCAGCUACAAACAAAUUAAGCCGGUCAGCUCCUUCUCUGCCUGAUUCUAAGAAGGAAAAGGGGAUUGAUGGUAGAAUUCAUACCAAGUCAACAGUGGUGCAAAGUAGAAGAUUGUCCGAACCUAAAAUGAGUACUAUUCAUCAGACUUCUUUGGCACCCAUAAGAAGAUUGUCGGAACCCAAAAUCAGCACCAUUCCUCAAUCUUCAUCGGCACAAAUUAGAAGAUUGUCAGAACCUAAAAUGGGUACCAUUCGUCAGAAUUCUUUGCAACGAAGUAGAAGAUUGUCAGAACCUAAAAUGAGUACUAUUCGUCCGAGUCCCUCAGUUGAAACACAUAACAGUGGCACUAGGACAACAGCAAAGACCAAGGCAGUAAAUGUGACCGAAAGCAGAAAGAUUUCUGCUAUUGUGAACCAUGAUAAAAGCAAGACUGCAGCCCUCCCGGAACUUAAAAUCAGAACUUCUAAUGCAAGUGAUAGUGUCCAAAACAGAUCAUCAAGUACAGAGAAGACACAGAAGCUGAAUGGUAUUAAGUCUUCUAUGAAUACAGCAGGAACCAUGAUGAGGAAAAAUGAAAUUCACAAUUCACCCAAUGAUGAUGGAGAUGACAAUCCCAUAAUUGAGAAGACUGUUGUGAUGCUUGAGUAUGAAAAACCACGUGCCCCUGAUUUUAGUAACAAGAAGUCUGAAAAUAAACCUGUGCCAUCAAGGAGACAAUAUGACAAUGAUAGAGUAAUGGAUAAAGCUGAGACGGUGUCAAGUUAUGCUCUUGUUACACCAAUUUUACCAUUGAGCACUGAUAUAGUAGAUAUAGAAAGCUCAGAGAACGGAUCACUCUUGCAACCUACAGAGGAUAAAAGAGAUAACACAGAGAGCAAACCUUCAAAAUCAUCUAGCAUUUGUAUUGCUGAGGAACCUUAUCAUGCCCCAUCUGCCCGAGUUUCUUGUUCAGAAGACAGUUGUCCACGGGAUUCUGAGCAGGGUAAAGCACUUCCAACACGCUUGGAGACUGCAUCAACAUCAAUUGGUAUGGAAACGUUUAGAGCACGUGUGUCUGAUUCCAGAAACUCAAUGCUUGAGAAGAUUCCCGAAGUGAUUGAGAAGCCAGUAAAGGAAUCACCGAAAGGUUUGAGAGGGCUGUUAAAGUUUAGAAGAAAAAAUCAUAGCUUGCCUUCUGGACGCAACAUGGAAGCAGAUACUGGCAGUGUUGAUAGUUCUGAGGCAAACAAUGCCAGAACUAAUAGUUCCCCAAACCAAGUUACUUUGAUGUCGCGCGACGAAGCACCAUCGACCAGCGUAACGCCUCAGAAGUCUUCGCGAUCAUUCUCGUUGUUAUCAGCAUUCCGAAGUAAGAGCGGCGAGAAAAAGAUAAUGAUGGCUUAAUAGAAGUUGGUGCUGAUAUUACUCAAUGUGGCCAUUACACGAUUCGUUCCAUUUGUCGUUUUCUUCUUUCAACUUUUCGGUCUCAAGGUUCUGCAGGUUAUUGCUGUAGCAGAAAAUAUCAUCUAUAACAUGUUGCUGCAAAAUUAAUCUUUGUAGAUUCAUGCUUCCUUGUUCAUAUGUCAGUCAAAUUUGUAUAUCCUAAACCUACUCUAUCAAUAAACCAUGACAUUAGUCUA